AUGAGCAACAACGUCGACCACGAUCUCGAAAUGGCCGAGGUCGAGGCAGACGCGAGCCACCAGUCUGAGGACUGGCGCAAGGAGAAGCCUCGACGAUCAGCCGAGGCAGCGAGGCCUUCCACAUCGGGAGCAUCCAGCAUGUCAUCGACGGCCUCGAGUAGCUCUGUUGAGUACAAUCCGACCUUCCAUAGGAUGCAGUCGCGAAAUACAGAGCUUGACCUGGAGCGUCGACGAUCGGGACUAUCUCAGGCGCUGAGCCGGAUAGAAACUCAACGGCUUCAGCAUUCAAUGACCGUGGGUGAAAGUGUCAAGUCGCGACCCUCUAAGCUCCCGCUACCAGCAUUCGGUGCGGGUAAGCCGUAUCCUCCCCAAUUGCCGAGCCGCGAGGAUUAUGUCGUCGAGUUCGAUGGCCCGAAUGAUCCUCUGUACCCACAGAAUUGGCCAUUAAAAACAAAAGUAUGGAUCAGUGCAAUGCUGGCUUUUACUAGUCUCUGCUCAACUUUUGAUUCCGCCGUUUUCAGCUCUUCUUCCAGGGCUGUUGCCAGCGUCUUUGGUGUUGGCCUCGAAGUCUCAAUUUUGUCCAGUACACUCUAUAUCUGUGGUUAUGCUACUGGACCUUUAAUCUGGGCUCCUCUAUCUGAGCUGAAAGGUCGUCGCCUACCGAUCAUUUUGGCCAUGUUCGGAUUUGGCAUCUUUAAUACAGGCGUGGCAGUUGCCAAAGAUCUACAGACCCUGCUGAUUUGCCGUUUCUUCUCUGGUGUCUUUGGCAGUUCACCCCUGGCAGUUGUGGCAGCUAUCUUUUCAGACAUUUACAACAACCGCACCCGUGGUAUUGCAAUUGCCUGCUUUUCUAGUACAGUCUUCUUGGGUCCCCUCGUGGCACCGUUCAUUGGAGGAUUCAUCAACAUGUCUCACUUGGGUUGGCGAUGGACCGCCUAUAUCCCGGCCUUCAUGGGAUAUGCUGCUUUCGUCAUGAACCUGUUCUUACUCAAGGAGUCGUAUCCCCCGGUAGUUCUGGUGGAAAAGGCUGCAGAGUUACGUCGCCGCACCAAGAACUGGGGUAUCCACGCGAAGCAGGAAGAAAUCGAGGUUGACCUGAGAGAUCUGAUAAUUAACAACUUCUCCCGUCCACUACGGCUUUUGAUCAAUGAGCCGCUGAUCCUGGCGGUGACAGUCUACCUCAGCUUCAUUUAUGGUCUUCUCUACUGUUUCUUGACUGCUUACACAAUCGUGUUCCAACAAGUUCAUGGUAUGAAUGCAGGAGUCGGUGGGUUGCCCCUGUUUGGCAUGGUGGUUGGCCUUUUCAUUGCUGCCUCCUACAUUAUCUUUUCCAGCAAUGCAUACAGUCGCAAGCUUGAUAGAAAUGGAGGCAUCCCCGUCCCUGAAUGGCGUCUUCCGCCUGUCAUUGCUGGUGGUGCUCUCUUCGCCGCUGGAAUCUUCUGGUUUGGAUGGACUGGAUACACCAAGAGCAUCCAUUGGAUCGUGCCUACGCUCAGUGGGUUAUUUACUGGAUUUGGUCUCUUGAUCAUUUUCAUCCAGCUAUUCAACUAUCUGAUUGAUACUUAUCUCAUGUUUGCCGCUUCCGCUAUCGCCGCAAAUACCUUCUGCCGUUCCAUGGUAGCAGCGAGCUUCCCUCUCUUUUCACGCCAAAUGUUUGAGAAUAUGGGCAUUCAGUGGGCCGCUACACUCCUCGGUUGUCUUGCUAUAUGCCUAGUCCCCAUCCCCGUGGGAUUCUAUUUCUUUGGAAAGAAAUUGAGAUCGAAGAGCAAGUUUGCGCCUUUCUUUGAACCGGCGUCGGAGUCUGCUGCCGUGGAGAUGGACGAUGAGGUCACAGAAACCGAGGGAGAUGGACGUGCCUGA